AAUGGAUCAGCUUGCUACCUUUCUUGGACACGAUGUCCGGAUCCACCGAGAGUUCUACCGGCUUCCAGAGAGUACCAUACAGCUGGCAAAAGUCAGUAAACUGUUGAUAGCAAUGGAAAAAGGGAAACUGUCUGACCUGCAGGGGAAAGGACUGGAUGACAUUGACAUACAUCCUGAUGAUAAGGUUGCCACGACUGACGACGAUUCUGAUGAAGAAACCAUUCCUGACCUGCAUCAGCAGAGAGGUUCAAGAACUGAGACUUCUGGGGACCCAAAGCACCUACCUGACUCAACCACAUUGAGCAACAUGGAGACCACUUCAGAUUCAGUCAUGUUGGACCACUUGGAAGGCACGUCGACAAAAAGCAUCGUCAGCACUGAACCAACAGAUUCACAGCAGGACACAGCAAUUAUUGUGGGUACAUCUUUGAAAUGCUCCAAUGAAAAGCAAGCUGGGAAGGUGAGAAGCAAGUGGACAGAUGAUGAAGUGAAGGCUGUCGAACGGCAUAUGUUACAUUUCAUAACAAGGUGCAAGGUACCAGGUAAAAGGGACUGUGAUGCCUGCCUUCAGGCAGAACCAGUAGCUCUAAAAGACAGAGACUGGGCUGGAAUAAAAUACUACAUACACAACAGAAUCGUAGCAUUAAAAAGGAGGAUGAAUAAAUAGAACUAUAAACUCCUAAACUUGACUCUGGUGCAAUUUUAUCAGUGGUAGGAGAUUUUAUUUUCAUUCUCUGCUUUUGUAAGGUGCUCAGUUUUGUCAGUUCUUUAUUUAGUUGUUCAUGUAAUUUUAUUUAUCUUUUUUUAAAAUAGCACAAUGUUCAAGAAACCUUAUUGUUUCAGUUUACUUUUGUUACCAGCAAUUAAAAAAAGGAAAAACUCAAGAAAGUCAGUUUUUUUGUUUUUUUUUCCUCCCUUUCCACAUGAAUGCCAUCUACAACAUUCAUAAAUGCCGUACAAUAACGAUUAAACAAUAGACUUACCAUAUUCUUAGACUAUGUCUCUUUUAAGUCCCAGAACAGCUCAGAUUUACUAUCUUCUAAUAACAAAUAUCUGAUUUAUUUCAAAUGUUACUUGACUGGCGAGUGUGAUGAAUAUACAGCUAUGCUUCUUAUGCAGAUAUUUCAAACAGGCCAUCUUGCAAAUACUGACACUGUAGUUAUCUGGUCUCCAUAAGUCACGUAUACUCGAAAAAAUUGUGUGUAUCUCUGGGUCUUACAAUUCACUUAGACAUGAAAUAACUGUGUGAGAGGUUAUAGUCCUCAUAAGUCACAUAAACCUGACAAUGUCCCCAUAAGUCGCAUAAAAAUCAGGUUUGACCAAAAUAUGGCUUUAGCUAAAAUCUAAAUAGAUGACUGCUUUCCUGAGAGCAUGGGUCAAAAACCAUUUGAUUCUCAGGCCUCUAGAACCUUUGGAAAGGCACGUUCCCAUUUGUCCUAUUUUUGUCAUACGUCCUUAUAUUUCAC